UUCAUUCUUCUUUCUCUCAUUCAUUUUGUUCGCACGCCUCAUCGGCGAUGCGUGUAAAAUUGUGAUGGCAUAUUUUAUCACUUUUGUAAACUUACCAUUUUUAUGAUAUUUAUGUGGUCAAUAGUCUUGGUAGUAUAAUUUAAUCUUAUUUAUUUUAUUUCCGCAAAAAUGGCGAAUCAAUCUCAAAAAAUUGUGUAUAAACUCGUUUUGACGGGAGGACCUUGCGGCGGCAAAACUACGGGUCAGUCUCGCCUGUGCACUUUCUUCGAAAAUCUAGGAUGGAAGGUGUUCCGGGUGCCGGAAACGGCUACCGUCCUUCUCAGUGGCGGUGUGAAGUUUGCAGAUCUGACCCCGGAUGAAGCAGAAUCUCCGAGCAGUAUUAGUUGUGCAAAGGACUGCAUGAGAUGCACCGCUGCAGCGGUUGCUCAGGCCUCUGAAGGUAGCAGUGCAACAAAAUUCCAAGAGAACCUCCUGAAGACCAUGGUCCAAAUCGAGAACACAUUCUUCGAGCUGGGCAGGACGUGCCAGAAAAACUGCCUCAUUAUAUGCGACCGGGGGGCGAUGGACGCCAGUGCAUUUAUAUCUAAAGAGAAAUGGGAAGCUAUGCUGGCGGCCAACAACUGGAACAGCGUGGAGCUGCGGGACAACCGGUACAACCACAUCGUGCACAUGGUGUCCGCUGCGAACGGGGCUGAGGACUUCUACUCCACUGAGGACCACGCAUGUCGCUCAGAAGGCGUAGAGCUAGCGCGGGAACUGGACUACAACGCGGCGGCCGCGUGGAUCGGCCAUCCGUACUUCGACGUCAUCGACAACUCCACCGACUUCGACAAGAAGAUGAACCGGCUCAUAGCUUGCGUCUGCCAGAAGAUCGGCAUCGACACCGGUGACCGACUCAACGUGAACUCGAAGAAACGCAAGUUCCUCGUCAAAAUGCCGCUGCCCCCCGACUCCGCCUUCCCCCCCUUCCAAGACUUCGACGUUGUCCACAACUACUUGCAGAGCGAUGUCCGUAAAGCCCAAGUCAGACUGCGCAAGCGCGGUCAGAAAGGCCACUGGUCGUAUAUCCACACGCUGAGGAAAUUCCACCCGACCAAUCGCCAGUCGGUGGAAGUGCGCACGCAGUUGACUCAUAGGGAUUACCUCAACCUCCUACCGCAGCGAGACGACGCUCACUUCACGAUAUUCAAGAAGAGGCGCUGCUUUAUUUACAACAACCAGUACUACCAGUUGGACAUUUAUAGGCAGCCCACACAUCCAAGGUGCCGAGGUUUGGUAUUACUCGAGACAUACAGCGCUGAUUACGACCAAAAGACUCUUCUGGAGUCGUUGCCAAAGUUCCUGUCCAUAGAGAAAGAGGUCACUGGAGACCACGCCUACUCUAUGUACAAUCUAUCGCUCAAGGAGGAUUGGAAGACGUCAAAAAAGUAUUACGCAGGCGCUGAUAGCAAUGGACAUUCUAAGUGGUCGCUGAAUGGCCAUAGCGAUAAGCCCGAUAAGCAUGAUAGUCACCGCGGCAAGGCGAACGGGGUCGAUAAGCCGAAUGGCCACUCCAAGAUGGCCAACGGCCUCGACUCUAAACUGAACGGCAUCAAUGGCCACGCGACCAACGGAGCCCCGGAGGUCACUGACCUGCAGACCUUCCCGGGGAACCACAGAAUGGAUCUCGGAUCACCAAAGAUACCCAAGGUCGCUCUUAAGAUAUGAAUAGAAGUAAUUUAUACUACUUAAGAUAUGAAAAUUCCACUUUGUAACACUUCGAUAUACACCAAACUGUUUAAAUUAAUGUUAAGAGUGAUUUUAAGUACUAUUUAGAAUCAAAUGAAGUAUUUGGUCUCCUCCGACAGAUCAGCGCUGUAUAUUGUAUUUCUUCACUUUAUAUUAUGUAUAUACGAAGAACGCCAAAUGAAAUAUAUUUUUGUAGUAUACCUUGAGCAUGACAUGACAUUUUAUGUAUAUUUUUUGUGGAAAAGACGCAUUAAAAAUGUCACUGCACUGCAAUUGUACAAAUUAUUAUAUUUCACAAAUGUAUGGGAUAGUUUUGUAUUGUUUGUGCCUUUACAUAGUACGGUAUACAACUGUAAUAUUUAUAAAUACUAUAUUGAUUGCAGUGUCAUGUAAAGUACUGAAUGAACUAUUAAGAUGUAAAUUUUAUUUAUCGACUAUGUAACAGUGAUCGAAGGGGUAUCUAUGCUGUUAAUUAUUGAAAGCAUCUUAGAUUUGGUCCUGUCUUGCUUAAAGUCUGUACUGGUCCGGAGUAUCUUAAAAAAAUGUAUGACAUUAGUAACUUUUAUCAUUUAUGCUAGUAUUUGAUUCUAUAGACUUCAUUUCAUUUUAAUGUUAUUUAUAAACUUAUUUUAUAUUAUAAUUAGUGACACUUUUAUCUUACCGCAGGUAUUGAAUGCCGUUGCAACUCAAAAUGAAUUUGUUGAAUAUCUUUAUAUUAUAGUAUUUUUAUGAUAGUAGCGAUCAUCGUACCUGAAGUAAUAAAUUACUGAAUGUUAGAAAACUAGGUAUCAAUUUCCUGUCAUUGUGUGUGAUUAGAUUUUCGAAUCUAGAGCUGGAAUUUUUAUAAUUCUAUCACUCACGUGAAAGCUGGUCGGAUCGCUAUUUAUUUUAAUUUAAUAAUUGACUAGAUAAACGUUUUGAACAAUCUCAUUGUCGUGUCGUCGUCGAUGUAGUAGUAAUUUUUCGGGGUCCAAAGUUACUAAAGCGAUUGGUCUCCAUAAUUUAUUUCAUUAGUGGCCUUUUCAUGUUAAAAACUUAAUUUUAAUACAUAGAUCAAAUAGAUGUUGCAAAUUCGUAUUUUUGUUGUGAAUAGGGAACUUAUAGUACUUAUAUGCGGCAAGAUAGAUACAUUAUAAUGUAUUUUACAGAAGUAUUUAAGCCACCGUUAUACUUAAGGAGAAGGACGUGAUGUAUGUUGAGUAAUUGUAGUUUUGGCGGAAGUCCACGUUAGCAUGAUUAUGGCUGUGCUGUGUUGUAGAGCGUGCGCUCCACAGAGCUAGGAAGCGCUGGCAGACACGCCGCGCAACAGAUUAUACAAUUAUUUCACCUGAUUGCACCACAUUAUGGUCAUAAAUUAUUUGUAUUGCUAUCAUUUAAAUAUCUUCAUUAAUUUUAUACAUUACACAAGACUGUGAUGUUAUUAACAUACGAUUGUAUGUUUAUGUACUUAUUUUUGGUGCAACUAUGAAAACUGAAUAGCUUUUUGGAUGUAAAACCCAAAACUGCAUGGCUGUAUUCGGCAUUAUUUCUUAAUAAAGAGAAAUGCAUUAUGCUA